UUGGCUUAGCAUUCAGGCUAUCCUUUAACUUGUGUGUCAGAAGUUGUGCAUUGAAAUUGUUGAAUUCAUUUUUUGUUAAGUCGUUUAAGUGCCUCCUCUUUUUAACGUAAAAAGACGCCUUUUUUUUUUUGCUGAAGUUGGUUUUUUAUCUGUUUCUUAUUGAGAAAUGCUGCGCGUGCGCUCGCUGUUCUGUAUGUCCUCGAGAGGGUUUAAGACCUUCCCUUGUGCAGCUGUGGAGGUUAAGAAUGAACCGAUCUUGUCGUUCAAAGAGGGAAGCAAAGAAAGAGCACAGCUAGAGAAGGCACUAAAAGACCUUAAAGGAAAGACGGAAGAGAUUCCUUGUGUGAUUGGAGACGAACAGAUAUGGACCAAAGAUAUCAGAUACCAGCUAUCUCCAUUUAAUCAUGCACACAAAGUGGCCAAGUUCUGUUAUGCUGAUAAGGAGCUCCUGAACAAAGCUAUCAUGGCCUCUGUUGCAGCAAGGAGAGAAUGGGACCUCAAACCAGUAGCAGACAGAGCCCAAAUCUUCUUCAAGGCUGCUGAUGAACUCAGUGGACCGAAGAGAGCAGAGGUUCUGGCCAAGACAAUGAUUGGCCAGGGUAAGACCGUCGUGCAAGCUGAGAUCGAUGCUGCGGCUGAGCUCAUUGACUUCUUCCGGUUUAACGCCAAGCACGCAGUAGAGCUGGAGCAGCAGCAGCCUCUGAACAGUGAUGGCAGCACCAACACCAUGCUGUACCGUGGGCUUGAGGGGUUUGUAGCUGCUGUGGCUCCUUUUAAUUUCACUGCCAUUGGUGGAAACUUGGCUGGCACGCCAGCUAUAAUGGGUAACGUGGUGCUGUGGAAACCCAGUGAUGCAGCUAUGUCUGCCAGCUAUGCGGUCUAUAAGAUUCUGCGUGAGUCUGGCUUGCCACCUAACAUCAUCCAGUUUGUUCCAGCUGACGGUCCAGUUUUUGGAGACACUGUCGCUUCUUCUGAGCAUCUGGCUGGAAUCAACUUCACCGGCAGUGUCCCAACAUUUAAGCACUUGUGGAAACAAGUGGCACAGAAUCUGGACAUCUACAGAAACUUCCCUCGUGUUGCUGGAGAAUGUGGCGGGAAGAACUUUCAUUUUGUGCACAAGUCAGCAGAUAUCGGCAGCGUGGUGACUGGAACCAUUCGCUCAGCGUUCGAAUACGGAGGGCAGAAAUGCUCAGCUUGUUCCAGGAUGUAUGUCCCAGACUCACUCUGGCCUCAGAUUAAAAAAGAGCUCCUGAAUGUGCACAAACAGAUCAAAGUCGGAGAUCCCGUUCAGGAUUUUGGCACAUUUUUCUCAGCAGUGAUUGAUGACAAGUCCUUUGGCAGGAUCAAAGGCUGGCUCCAAUAUGCCGAAUCAUCUCCCAAUCUCACUGUGAUUGCUGGCGGAAAAUGUGACGACAAAAAAGGAUACUUUGUGGAGCCGACGAUUAUUGAAACCAAAGACCCGCAGGAUAAAAUAAUGAAUGAGGAGAUUUUUGGACCAGUUUUGACUGUCUAUGUCUAUCCUGAGAACGACUACCGGAAAGUGCUGGAGUUGAUUGAUAACACGUCUCCAUAUGCACUAACAGGAGCCGUGUUCGCUCAAGAUCAGACUGUUUUGGAUGAGGCAGCAAAAGCACUCAGAAACGCAGCAGGAAAUUUCUACGUCAAUGACAAAUCGACAGGUUCCGUUGUGGCCCAACAGCCAUUUGGGGGCUCCAGAGCAUCAGGUACCAACGACAAGCCCGGCGGCCCGCACUACGUUCUCAGAUGGACCUCACCGCAGGUUGUAAAGGAGACCCACGUUCCGCUUAGAGACUGGAAAUACUCCUACAUGGGCUGAGAACUUUCAUGUUUCAUCCACAAAAUCGCACUUGUCUACAAACUACGUUAAUAAUGAAAUAAUGACUCUCCGUCUUGAUUUAACAUUUCUAAUUACCGAAGUGGCCUUUUAAAGUGUCUCUGUUUCCACAACAGAGGCUUUAUGGAACAGUGUCUCCUUGUGAUGAUCCUCUGGGCUGAACAGAAAAAAACUACUGUCACAACCCUUAAAUAUGUGAAAAGAGUUAGGAAAACUACAUAAAAGCUGCCUCUGGUAGUUUCCCAGCCAACAGGCACAUCAUCAGCCGAUACUGCAAGUUUUAAUAGUGUUGAUGAAAGCGAGAGGAUCCGAAUUGCACUGAUAAUUUCUGUUACUGUCAUUUGGUUUCAUUUUUGUGUUUCAGUAUGGAAUCAGAUCUGAAUUGUACUUUUUUGCUUACCUAUAUCUUCAAAAAUUCUCACAUGGGAGUUUACCAAACUUCAAUGUAUAAAAUUGUUACAGUAGUGUAAAUACAGAGCUAGUUAAUUUA